CCGAGGGCGACCGAGCGAACGCGUAGCAAGCUUCAGUUCGCGCACGACUACCAAACACGUCGCUCACCCGUUCACGGUCCACCCCAGUGUUUACUAAACCCACGCUCGUGCGUAUUUGAUCCGCUGCAGCGGACAGUGAUCGCGAAGUGCAACGGUGGCCGGCGCGACGGAGGCGGUGCAAGGCAUGUUGAUGGCGGGCGGUUUGCCGGCCGACUCCGAGGGCUUACUGACCCUCGGUGCUCUCCCCGGACAGAAGGACACCACUUGGACGAAACUCUUCGUUGGCGGCCUCCCUUACCACACCACAGACAAAAGCUUGAGAGAACACUUCGCAGUGUACGGAGAUAUCGAAGAGGCCGUAGUCAUCACAGAUAGACAGACCAGCAAAAGCAGAGGAUAUGGAUUUGUAAUAAUGGGAGACAGAGCAGCAGCGGAGCGGGCGUGUAAGGACCCUAAUCCUAUCAUCGAUGGCAGGAAAGCAAACGUAAAUCUGGCCAUCUUAGGAGCAAAACCAAGAGGAAAUCUAGCGCCCGGAUUCGGUUUGGCCGCGGCUGCCGCGGCAGGAGUCCGCACGGGUUACCCCACAGUCCUCCCAGCGCAUUAUGGGUUGUCCCCUGGCUACGUGUACGGGACCCCUAGUUACAUGGGCACCGUUGGGGGUGUCGGGGCGAGCGUGGGCAGCGGCGCAGGGGGCCUAGUGCAACUACAACAGCAUGCGGCUGCGGUUGCUGCUGCUAACCAUCUGUAUGAAUACCAGGCGGCUGCUGCUCAGGGUGCUGCUGCGUAUCAACAGCAGUAUGCUGCAGCGGGAUUCGACCCUUACGCUACAGCUGCAGCAGCGGCCGCCGCAGCUAGCGGAGCAGGCUACGUGUCCCAGUACUACGCACUACCAGGUGGAGGAGUUCAAGGACCUCUUCUACCACCCCUAUCGUACCCACCGCAACUUCAAGAGGCGCGGAUGCAGUAACAAUCUUUUGAACGAGUGUGGCUACAUGGAGAAAUUUAAAAAAUACCUAAAAAUGGCGGGACUAGAAAAAUUUUUGGGAUCAUUCUUUGGAUCUCUAAACUGUAAUAUUAAAAAAAAAACAACAAAAAUUUAACACGACCUGAAGCCACAUCUUAUAAGAAGCGGUAAUUAUUAUUUUAAGGUCCUAAUCAUACUAGCGUUUGUUAGUCGAAAACGCCCGCACCUUAACCUGAAACGUGACUAAUCCAUUUAGAAGGUUUUUUAAACUUGGUGAAUAACAUCAUAAUGUGUAACCAAUAUAGUUUGGUUAGUGAACGUCAUUAAUAACAAAUUCUCGUUUAAGAUUCUUCCCCGACGAAGAUAUAUCGCGACAAAAACUUAUAUCUCCCAAUGACUUUUCUCUUUCUAUUUCAUUUAAGUAAACGGCAAUAAAAAAAUAUUUAUUCUUCCAAUUUACGCCGUUAUACGCAUGAGGGUAUAAAACAAUCGGUUACCUUAUCUAUUCUAUUAGAACGUUCGCUGCAAACACUGGUAUGAUUUGAGCUUAGAAUGUUAUGAAAUGGAGUUAUUUAGUAUUGUGAAAAGAGAGAAUUAUUGUCUACAAAGAGAACGCGAAUGGUUUUGUUACCGAUUAGACCAAAUACAAUCUAUCUUUACACACUGUAUCAACCAAAUAUAUUAAAUAAAUGACCAAAGCUCGAAGCUUUUACGCUAGGAUUAAGACACGAUGAGGGUACAUAAGCAUAUAUGCGGAUCGGUGAGAGAAUUAAGGAAUUUAGUAAGUGAAAACUUACAUAGUAACAUUUCGUAUGACUAAGGUAUUAUAAACAUAGUAAGUUAAAAGAGACCAAACCUUACCUAACAACUUUGACACAAUUUUCUUUGUCAUAUAUUAACAUAAUAUACUUUAAACCCAUGAUAGCGAUAGCGAAAAUAUUUAAAAUUCAAAAUCUUUUACCGUUCUAUCAGAAAUUUUAAAACAUUUACCGCGCUUGAUCCUUGAUAUCGAAGUAUUUUUAAUGUAGAAAGACCGCUCUGGCUUUCAGGGUCUCAAUUAUCGUGUCGGAAAAGCGGAUGAAUAUGGAGAAUAGAUUUUUUUUAUAAGGUGUCUUCUUAAUUAUUUUGAACGGAUUGCUUGGGUACAUCUAAGCGGACCGCAACGUAACUUUAGCUUAUCGUUAGCCUCGGUUGAAGAGGUACGCUGAAAUCCGAAAGGUCAUAGAUUAAAACUCUACUUGAACUAUUGUCUAUUACCCCAUACUUCUUCCUGGGCUCACGCUUGAUUAUACGGGGAAAAUUAGUUAAUGUUUAACAAGUCUAUUUAUAUCAAACAUUUGAUGUGAAUUACAAUUUGUGAUUUUUUUUACGCUGACUGAGUUUGAGAGUUUUUAUGUGAAUUGUAUCGUUUACCAUAAAAUCGAUCCCCUGAUUGCUACAUAUAUACCUCUUAAUUAUCCCAUGCUGAUGUUUUACAUAUAUAUUUCGCAGAGAAAUAAAAAUACGAGACAUGAUAAAUAUUCGAUAUACAAUAGAGCUAUACAACGAAAAAUGAGUACUAGUAAGUACUCAUAAUACGUAAAAUAGCUUAUUGUUACUUUAAUAAUGUUUCAGACAACUACCGAUUGUUUUGUUUAAUAAUAUACAGUAUCGUUACAAUAAAAGUAAAAAAAAAGUAUAAUAUAGAUACAGUAACGAAAUACUGUUUAUGAUGUGUACGGCACGCAUUGAUGUUCCCGAGCCUUAAUACGUCUUAUGUCUUGCCUCCUUAUUUCAACUUCCUAAUAGUACACCUAUUUUUUACCAAAAGAAUAUUUUUUAGAACUACAGCUAGGUACAUUUAAAAACAUUACUAUAGUAUUAAUAUAUAAUUUUUAGAUUAACAUACGUUAAAUCAAACAGCUGUCCAAUGACAAUAACUUAAAAAUAUUGUUGCUCAUAGCGUAAGGUUUUCCGAGUUAGUGGAAAACCUGAGGCAGCUUUUUAAUUUUUUAUAGCAACAAUGUGAGUUUUUGGUAUUUAAUAAAUAGCUUUUCAUACUUCCAGACGUACAUCUUCCCUUU